CAGGCGGGUGAACGCGGAGACGGUGUAUGCGCGCAUGCUGCGCCACCUCAACGUGUCCGUGGCGCGCGCCCCUUCCCCUUCUGCCUCGUGUCGCGCCACCAGUUCUUCAAAAUGCUCGCCAUCCCCAACCUGCGCACCAACCGCGGCGGCGACUACUGCCGCCCCUGUCACCACGAGCCGCCGCCCAAUCCCUUUUGCGAGCAGACGGGGCCGUGGGCGGCGGACUGGGCGGUGUUGUUUGACCAGCAUGUGCCAGAGCCGCUGGGGGCGGGCAGGCGGGCGGUGAUGGGGGUGUUGGAGGGCGGAAGGGAUGCGUGCGAGGAGCAGGUUGCGAAGUUGUCUCUGGAGGUUCGGCGCCGAACCAACCCCUCAGCCUCGUUGACACGCCCACCUACGCCCCUCUCCUCUCACCAACAACAAGCAUCUGCUGCCACCCACUCCAGCCGUGCCUCCCUGUGGCAGCACCUUCAGGGUUGGCUGGGAGGGAGGCCAGUCCCGAGUGGGCCAGGAGGAGGGGGGGAGGAUGAGGAACAAGCGGCAUCAGAGGAGGCGGCGGAGGUGGCAUGGCGGGAGGCGGUGAGGGGGGAGGGGUGGCGUGCACCGGCAGCGGCGGUGGUGUGUGUGCGGCACAUGCUGGGCAAGGCGGCGGUGUUUGGGCCGUGGGGCACAGGGCGCACUGGCAGCUGGUCUGCCUUCGUCUCCCACCUCUUCCUCCUCAACAACAGCAUCGCUCUCUCCCUGCCCGCCGCCCCGCCCUCCACCGACCUCCUCUGGGACGCCCACCUGCUCUCCGCUGUGCCCUCCAUGCGCCUCCUGAUGCUGCCAAAGACCACCGCCCAACCUGCUGCCAAUGCCGACACUGCCGCCCAGCAGCAGUCAGCAGCGGGUGGCAGGGAAGUGGUGGCGGCGUAUGAGUCGUCGUUCGCUGAGGCGGUGCGGAGAAUCAAAGCGAACGAGGAGGUGGCGGGGCGGGGUGCUGCUGCUGCAGAUGCUGAUGAUGCGCUCAAGGUUGUUGGGGCGGCGAUGCGUGUGGACCUGAUCAGAGUGGGAGCCGCCCGUCUACCCGACCUGCGAGUGCUGCUGGUGCGGGGGGUGCGGGCGUGCCAGGUGCUGGUGGACGUGGAGGAAGGGGGGGAAACCGACAGAGGAGGGGGGGAUGGGAGAGGAGUGGAGGAAUUGGAUGCAUUCUUACCACCAGACGACCAGCUCUUAGCUAAGUGGCAGGGGGAGGAUGUGUUGAGGGAGUUGCAGCGGUGGCUGUCGGGGUGGUCGUUCCAUUUGGACCGGUGUGUGUCAGGGAACGAGGAGAGGGUGGGGCGAUGCACCUUCUUCUCCCUGGCGCACUGCCAUGCACCCGCUGCACUGCAGCAAACAACCACGCGCUAGCAUGUGAUUACCUGAGCUCAUUGGGCUAUGUUGUAUGACUAUUAAUUAGUGCAAUGUU